CGUAAUUCCUUGAUUUAUUUUGAUUUGUUUUAUGUAAAAAUGUUGUAUCACGAUUGUUGCCUUUUUUUUAAAAACGGCGCGUAAGCGAAAAUGAUAGCGACAAAAAUAAUAAUUUUUCGUCUGAUAUUCUAAGCAUUGUACCAAAAAAUUUUGUUUUUUUUUUUGCAUAAAUCUUCUCUAUUUUCUUUGUCCUGUGUUUUUUUAAUUGUUAUUCUUCUCUAUUUCUUGGGUUCAAUGAAAAGCUUCGCUCCGCUUUGUAUAAACCCGUAUGCGUGAAUGACAUUUCUUUAACCAAUGAUUUUAGUUCAUCCCCAUUUUAAUUUAGAAUAUUUGUUUCUCAAUUAAUUUAUCUUUAGAAAAUUAGAAUAUCUAUUUAAUUAAUUAACAUCUCUUUUCGCAACUCUAUAAAUAGAUUUAUCAUUUUGUCUUUAUGCUCGAUCUUGUAUUUUAUUAUUAUACUUAUGCUAUUUGAUUUUUCAUUGGAUGUGUAUUUACUAUAACCUAAUAGACAAGGAGAAACACAAUUGCUUAUGAGUUAUGACUUUUAUUAUAGAUAUGAUGCAUUUGAACAAGACUCAACUGCAAAUCUAUGCUCAAAAGAGAAACUUAAAGCUUCCAGAGUAUUCUUUUGAGUGGGCUGGUUCACUUCACGCUAUACGUUUCAAGAGCAAAGUUACAAUUGAUGGACAAACCUUUGAGAGUCCUAAGUUUUAUUCGACAUUGAAGGAAGCUGAACAUGCAGCAGCUGAAAAUGCUUUGACAUCAAUAUCACCAAGUGGAACUAAAGAGGAUGAAAUUGUGGUAUACAAGAAUCUUUUGCAAGAAUUAGCUCAAAAGGAAGGAUUGAAGUUGCCUGUAUAUAGUACCAAUAAAUCCGGCGAGGCUCACAAGCCUAUAUUUAGUUCACAAGUGGAGAUAAAAGGGGAAAUAUUUACUGGUCAAGAAGCUAAAUCCAAGAAGCAUGCUGAGAUGAGUGCAGCCAAAGUUGCUUAUACAUUUUUAGACCCAAAAAAAAGAGUGUAAUUUUGCCAAUCCGUAAAGUUUAUUUGCAUUGUUUUUA